UAAAAACUUCUUGAACAUUUAACAUGUCAAUUGGGAAGAUAUCCCUUAUAAUGUUCUCUUAUUCUUUUGCUCAUACUUAAUUUCAUUAUCUUCACUUUCCCUGCAAGAAAAACAAUGAAGAACCUUCGCUAUGAAGUGAGUAAGAAAAACAAAGAAAAGGCCAUUCAAAAUUUGCUAACACAAGCCCCUCCAGGAGAAUUUAUAAACAGUUUUGAUGACCUUUCUCUGCUGGUUCAAGAUGAAAAAUUAAUGCGACGACAUGGAGAAUGGGCAGGUAACAAAUAUUGCAAAAAAUAUUUUGUACCACUCAACAUAGAUGGACAUCAAGUGCUACUUGCUCAUCACAACGAACUGGGUGAUCAGCGCUUUUUUGACUCUCAUACCAGACUUUCUUUCAAAUUUGAUGUUCUUGAAAAUCAGUUGAAAGACAUUGAAAGUCAUGGUGUUUUACGCAAUGAAGCAGAAUGUCUGAGAAUGGUGGUAUCUUAUGCUUUAAAAAUCUAUGUGAGUAAACACUUUCCAUCAGGAAAUUGCAAUGUACUUAGGAAAACCAUAAAAAAUAAAGAAUUCUUAAUAGCCUGCAUAGAAGAUCAUCAUUACAAAGCUUCAGAUUACUGGAAUGGCCUUUGGAAAUCAAAAUGGAUUUUUUCAAUAACUCCAUUUCUCACCCAAGUAGUAGGGUCAAUUUAUGUGAAAGCACACUUCUUUAAACAAGUCAACUUUCAUCUUGAUAUCAGCAAGGAUGUAGAAGACUGCUUGGAUGUGGUUAAUCAAGCUCAGCUGGCUUUAGGUUUUGCCAAGUUUGUAGAAGAGCAAGAAAACAAAUUCCAAACUGCAAUCAUAGAAGAAUUCCAGGAGCUAGCAAUUUCAUUGAAAAAAAUUUUAAGAAGAGAUCUCCCAGUGACCCGUACUUAUAUUGAUUGGCAGAGAAUAGUAAAUGAUAUGAAGUUGGUGAUGUAUCCUACCCUUGGAUAUGUCAAUUAUUCAAAAAAUGCAUUAUGCCACUGGAUCACAUAAAGGAUUUGUUCCUGGAGAUGGGCUGUUCUUGAUUGGGUCAUUGUAAAAGGAGAGUGCUGUUCUGUUUUGCUUUUUUUAUUUUUUUUCUCGAAAAGAGUCAGAACUGAGAGGAACUUCAGCAGUCAUCUUGUACAGCCUAAAUAUGAACAGGUCCUAUUGAUCAACCAAUAAACAUUAAGUACUCACUAUGUGCCAGACACUGUGAUUCCUCAUAGAUAAAAGUUAAAACACAAAAAGAGUCAAGAAGACACAUUAGAGACAACCAAGUUAAUCUCUCCCAAACAAUUUUAAAAUACGGCAAAUAAAAUUUUGGAACAUCCGGGCCAAUAAAAAGGUGAAGAUGAGA